AUGUCGACAUAUGCCAAGUUCAUUAAGGAGAUUCUGCCAAAGAAAAGAAAGAUUGGUGGUGAAACAAUGAUGCUUACCGAAGAGUGUAGUGCUAUCCUACAAAAGAAGCUGCCACCGAAGCUCAAGGAUUCUGGAAGCUUCAUUAUCCCUUGCAUUGGAAUAGUCAAAGACACACAACUAAUGUUACAGUUUGCGGAUCGCUCAAUGAAACACCCAUAUGGAGUGAUAGAAGAUGUGUUAGUCAAGGUGGAUAAGUUCAUUUUUCCAGUGGAUUUUGUGGUACUAGACACGGAGGAGGACAUUGACAUUCCUUUAAUUUUGGAGAGACCGUUCUUAGCAACAAGGCGAGCUAUGAUUGAUGUAGCGGAUGACACCUUAAUCUUAAAGGUAAAUGAAGAAACUGUCACUUUCAAUAUUCUAAAAGCCAUGGAACAUUUAAAAGAAAGAGAAAGAUGGGAGGAGUUGAAAGGGGAUGAAGACGAGUCCUUAGAGAAAAAGAAAAAGACACCACAAAUUAAACUCAAGCAGUUACCUUCUCAUUUGAAAUAUGUAUUCCUGAGUGAAAAAUAUAAGAAUCCAGCUAUCAUUUGCGCAAGCUUGAGUGAUUUACAAGAAGAGAAGUUGUUGAGAACUUGA